ACACAAUUUUCCCAUCGCGCCCGGUGACUUUAGUUGUAAUUUCUCGGAUCAAUCCCCCACAAAACCAUGUCCAAGUACAAGGACCUCGUGAAGCUAUCGACGACCUACGCCCGCCGAAUGAAUCACCUGUCGAAUCGAAUCUUCGGCGAAGUGACGCGACCGACUAACCCGCAGUCGAUGAAGGUGGUGAAGAUGUUCAGCGAGGAACCGAUCCAGUGCCGGGACUAUGUGGCCAACUGGUACCCCCGGCAUGUGGAGACGCACCUGCUGGCGAUGAAGCUGCGCGAGUACGGCCUGUACCGAGACGAGCACCAGGAUUUUAAGGAGGAAAUGAAGCGACUGCGGGCUCUGCGAGGCAAAGCACCGCCCAAGAAGGGCGAAGGCAAACGUUCCAAAAAGUAGAUGAAGUUUCAUAAACGAGCAAAGUAAGUUAAC